UUGGGAGGAUGAUGUCAUUGGCUCCGCAUUGAACGUGGGUGUUGCAAGCGUCUUUUUAGUUGUUGUUCUGAUCAACAUUACCGCACGGAGCCAAUAAAGCCCGGCCACAACCACAACACACCGCUGGUCGGUCAGGUGAGCCAGUCCAGAUAGUCGGGUGAGCCAGUCCAGGUAGUCGGGUGAGCCAGUCCAGGUAGUCGGGUGAGCCAGUCCAGGUAGUCGGGUGAGCCAGUCCAGGUAGUCGGGUGAACCAGUCCAGAUAGUCGGGUGAGCCAGUCCAGGUAGUCGGGUGAGCCAGUCCAGGUAGUCGGGUGAGCCAGUUCAGGUAAUCGGGUGAACCAGUCCAGAUAGUCGGGUGAGCCAGUCCAGAUAGUCGGGUGAGCCAGUCCAGGUAGUCGGGUGAGCCAGUCCAGGUAGUCGGGUGAGCCAGUCCAGGUAGUCGGGUGAGCCAGUCCAGGUAGUCGGGUGAGCCAGUCCAGGUAGUCGGGUGAGCCAGUCCAGAUAGUCGGGUGAGCCAGUCCAGAUAGUCGGGUGAGCCAGUCCAGAUAAUCGGGUGAGCCAGUCCAGGUAGUCGGGUGAGCCAGUCCAUGUAGUCGGGUGAGCCAAUCCAGAUAGUCGGGUGAGCCAGUCCAUGUAGUCGGGUGAGCCAGUCCAGAUAGUCGGGUGAGCCAGUCCAUGUAGUCGGUUGAGCCAGUCCAGGUAGUCGGGUGAGCCAGUCCAGGUGGUCGGCUCGUUGGGAUAGCCGAGUCAGUCGUCUUGGCCAUUCACAUUUUUGUUUUGUUUUCCCCCGGUCAGUGAAUUCGGCCAGCUGAUCAAGUCAGCUGUAGUUAGGCAGCUGGUGAACUAGUCAGUUAUCUUAUCCAGUCAGUUAUCUUAGCGAGCCAGUUAUCUUAGCCAGUCAGUUAUCUUAGCCAGCCAGUUAUCUUAGCCAGUCAGUUAUCUUAGCCAGUCAGCAAGCUGGUGAACUAGCUAAUCAAUUAUCUUAGCCAGCCAGUUAUCUUAGCUAGUCAAUUAUCUUAGCCAGUCAGCCUGCCAAGCCAUUCAUUCAUUCAGGCAGCCAGCCACGCCGGUUAUCUCGUCAGCAAGCUGGUGAAGUAGGCAGUGUUUCAGUCGGCUACUCAGGCAUUCAGGCAGUCACAUUAUUCAGUCGGUAUUAUAUUUACCUAGCCAGUCCAGGGAAAGGGAGAGAGAGAGAGGAGAGAGAGAUUAUUUAAAUAGAGACACGAAUCCAGUCACAAGACGUCUUGCUCACCACGCCUGGAAGCAAUGGAAACCAUCUCCGUCUUAGAGGGAGCCAACGGGAAGAUGGAAGACAAGCUGAGACAAGCCAAGGAGCGACGCGAGGAGCAGGAGAAGUUGCUGGCCGCCCGGGAGCGAGCGUGGCAAGAGCGGGAGGAGCGUGCUCGCCUGCACCAGGAGCAGCAGAGGGACGAGCGUAGGCGGCGCGUCGAGCAGCAGAGGGAGCGCGACGAGAAGCGGCGAGCGGCGGCCGACGAGAAACGGCGGCACCUGACCACGGUGGAGCAGGUGCAGCCGAUCAUCCAGCGGUCAUUGGAGAGACGCGGAAGUUUGGACACACGGCGCAAACGCUGGUCCUGGGGAGGGAGCAGCUCCGUGGCCGCCUCUCCUAACUCACCCGUGCAAGAAGGAGGGAGAUCCCUGGCCUCAAACAUGAGCCAACCUAAGCCCGGGGAUUCUUUCAUCAACAGAAGAUUCUCAGCCUCUUCCGCAGGCAUCUGUGGGUCACCUGACAGAGCACCAUCUUCGUUUGAACGCCGGCCUUCCGACCUUAAUGUUGUUAGUCGGUUGAUGGCCCCAACGCGUUCAUCUUUAGCGCGCAGCCGGAGCUGUGCCGUCCUCUCCCUGACCGGGCUGGCUUCCGGAGGUCGUGUUGGGUCUUCGGGAGGCCCGGUUAUUCCUCCGAACCGCCCCCUGCGGAGCCGGAGUGGAGACAGACUGAGCAAGGACUCUUCAGACAAUGGCUCUAGCCAGGACUUAGAGACGAGCUCUAGGAGUCAGGAGACCCUGCCGGCCAUGAGGCGUGAAGCGGCGCACUCAAAGCGCUCCCCUUCCCCGGCCACCGAGGCCAACGACAAAACCCCGACCUCGCCUGCAGGUGGCAUGGCCAGGCUGCCCUCUCCGGCGAAGUCGUCUCCCGCGCGACGCCGCAGGACGUCCCCUGGCAACGCGACCCCCCAGUCGCCCUCCCGCCAUCGUCCGCCGUCGCCCGGCAACCCGCGGCAGGCUCGGCGAUCGGGCGAGCGGACGAAGGAGCGAGCGGCCACGCCGGGAGAUGUAAAGUCGCCCGGCACUCCCGAGAAGAAGCUGCCGCGCGGAGCCAAAUCCAAGGACAAGGAGGCCUCCGAGGCCCCGGCUGAACAGGCGAACGCCGGUGAUAACCGCGCUGGCACCAGUAAUGCGGAGGAAGCCACGAGGCUGCUGGGAGAGAAGAGACGCCAGGCUCGGGAGCAGCGCGAGAGGGAGGAGGUGGAGCGUCGCGUCAGAGAGGAGAACGAGCGGCUCAUGAAGGAGGAGCUGGCUCGCCGGAAGGCGGAGGAGCGGCUGCGGCGGGAGGAGGAGGCGCGCCGCGCGGAAGAGCAGCGAGCGAGGGACGCGGCCGAGAGGGAGGCCCGCGCCGUGGUGGAGCGGCUGCAGCACGAGCGUGACGAGCACAACAAGCUCGUCGACCUGCAGCGCCAGAGAGAGGAGGCCGAGGCACGGGCUCUGGAGGAGGCGGAGCGGCAACGUCAGGAGCGCGAGAAGGUUUUCCAGCGGGAGGAGCAGGAGCGGCAGGAGAGGAAGAAGCGCUUGGAACAAAUCAUGAGCAGGACCCGCAAGCCGUACAAAGCGGACGUGGGGAAGUCUGUGCUGGAACCCAUCGUUGCCGUUGAAGAAUCACAGAACAAGGGCCUGGAUUUUAUUUCGGAAGAUGAUAGUGGACAAACAGAAGAUUUCGCAGCUGAGGAGGACAAAGAGGAGGUCCCGUUGGGCGGAAGCCCCGACGGGUGUGAGAAUGGAGGAAGGGCCGGGGUCGGCCGGGACGACGCCCUGGGGUCGGCGCUGGCAUCGGACGGGAGUCUGUCGGAGGAAAAGGCCGACGCGCCAGGGAAGAUUCCUGGGCACGUUCUCCCAGCGGCCGCGGAGGCUUUUGACGAGGUGCAGUCGAUGGACGUAAGCCCUGUUUCUAAGGAUGAUGGCUUGUCGGGGCCCGACUUCUCCCCCCUCUACGAGCCCGGCCCGGCGCUGACGGGCGUCCCGGGCUGCGACGAAGACGACCUCCUCUCCUCCCGCGGAGACGGCGACGGCGCCGAGGACCAGGACGACGCGGGCGGCGACGACGGCGAGAGCCCGCUCGGCCGCCGCCGCCCGCCCGCGUCCCUCGCCGCCGACUUCCGCCCGCCGGCCGCACACCGCGCGGACGACAUGUCCAACAGCAACGUCGUCCCCUCGUCUGUCAUCGUGUCCGCUGUGUCCUCCGACAUCUGUCCGAGCAUUCCCACGGUGGGAAACGGAGCCUUGCUAGAGCUUUAGGUCCCAUAGGGCGCGUGGAGGAUAGGGGGUGCUGCAGCGGCCGCCGCCUGUCCCAGUGUUACCCGGGACCGCUCUUACAGUCUCAUCACCAUCAUCACCACCACCACCACCACCGUCUGGCUCUUUCAAUCUUCUCUUCCCCAUGGUCACCGAGCUCUUGAGUGCUGCCACUCCAGUGCCUGUCUCAGCGACCUGACCUGCUCCACCCUGCACCCAUGAUAACCGACAGCACCAUCAUUGGUGACUCAGGCUGGAGAGUUCCUAUUUAUGGAACGGAGUCUUAGAGUAAUAUGGCUGAACACAUUGACGCUGCUUCUGACAUCUUCCAUCUGAGGCUGGCUAAAAGCUUCUCACCACCAGUAGAGAAACAAUUUCCAUCAAAUCUAUAAUAAAUAUAAUUAUCUUGUUGUUUUACCCAUGCUUUAAGCUAACUAUUUCUACAAGCAUGGAAAUUCAGAGUUUGUUUUUAAAUAGCCGUCAAAUUUUCUUUAACGCAGCGCUCGAAUUACAGUGUGAGCAACAGCGUCGGCCUAUCGUGCGGAUUUCACGUCAGACGGGGGCAUCAAUUC